AUGAUACUGAAGAAUUUAGACUGCUACUCCAAAGAUCAGAUUUCUCUAAAUAUCCAACUCAAAUCUUAUGUGGUCGUCGCUAUAAUGUCAAAAAGAAGACAAGAGAAAAGUGCUGCAGCGGCACUCGCCGUCAAGCCGCCAUCAGCCAAAAAAUCCACACGAGCGCGUUCAAAAUCACAAGAGGAAGAAGAAAGAUCAGUCACAACAGCUGAUAUUGGAGAAGAAAUAGCAGCAACAUCAGCUGAAAAUACAACGACAACAAUCGUCGAUUAUUUCUCACAUAAACCACUAAGUGAAGCAAUUUCAAAAAUUCGUCAUCAAGUUUGUUCAUCAGUCAUGGAUUUUCAUUUUAAUAAACAACGUUGUCGUCCAAUGAAUUCGGUGGGUUAUCAAAAACAAAAAUGUGGCUGA